AUGUAGUAGACCCGUUCGGCUGGGUCUACUGCAAGCCACCAUUGGCUUGCCAUUUCUGGAAUAAAAGAAGAAAAAGAGUGAGAUAAAAAUCAUCGGCCUACGGAGGGACGAGGGGGCUUCGGUGUAGAUCUUUUCUCACUCCUCCAAAUGCUGAUCGCCAUCUCUUCUCUAACCCCUUGUUAUUCCUUUCUUCCCCCUCUCACCUCUAUCCCCAGCCCUAAUUCCGCGCGCCGUCGCCUUUUCCUCCUCCCGGCCAAACCUUCCCGCCGCGCUGUCGCAUCGCUGCCCGAACCGUCGGAGGGAGCCAAGGUGGAGUACACGCCGUGGCUCAUCGCGGGCCUCGGUAACCCUGGCAACAAGUACCACGGCACCAGGCACAACGUUGGGUUCGAAAUGGUUGACCGCAUCUCGCAAGACGUGGGGAUUUCUUUGAAUACGCUACAGUCCAAGGCGCUGAUAGGAAUCGGUGCGAUUGGAGAAGUGCCCAUUCUGCUGGCGAAGCCGCAGGCCUACAUGAACUACAGCGGAGAGUCGGUGGGGACACUUGCUGCAUAUUACCAAGUACCACUGCGGCAUAUCCUACUGAUUUAUGAUGAAAUGAGCUUACCAAAUGGUGUCAUGAGGCUUCAACCUAAGGGUGGUCAUGGACAUCAUAAUGGGGUAAAGAGCGUCAUGGAGCAUUUGGAUGGUUGCCGUACCUUUCCUCGCCUUUGCAUAGGGAUUGGCAAUCCACCUGGAAAAAUGGAUAUGAGAGCUUUCCUGCUACAGAAAUUUAGUGCAGAGGAACGCGAGCAGGUGAAUGCUGCUCUGGAUCAAGGGGUGGAGGCUGUGAGGACUCUUGUACUCAAAGGUUUCAAUAGUAGCAUUGACCGGUUUAAUUUGGUGCAGAAGUACAAGCACCACAAAGUUUGAGAUUGCCAGCAGAUAUUUAUUCGGGGAAGAAACUUGUGUAAAGUCUGUUUGAGCUGAUGCAUACACUGAUCCACCAGUUUACAAAUUUUAGAGGGUGAACAUCGUCAGCUUCAAUGUAUAUGACCAGUUGUGGGGGGGGGGGGGGUGGGUGGGGGUUUGUGGAGGGACUAUAAUACUCUUGUAGAGCAAGAUAAUCUCGUAGAAAAAGACUGGUGUUCUGUAAACAUUAUUCUUUGAGAAACAGCAUGCUGAAAAAGUGUAUUGCUAUAGUUUUAGAACAGACCAACUAUUCUUGAGGUUAUGCUCAAACAGACCGGAGCGUAAGGAAGCCACCUCAAAGUCACAGCAGAUAUGUGGUAGGAGGCCCUUUGAUUCUGAGCGGAUGAUAUGCUGGAGGAAGCGUCUUGAUCUCUUCAACCCUUUCCCCCUGUUUCUUUAUCUCUUGGUUGUUAGCAAAGGCCGGAGGGCAUCUGAAUGUCUGAUGGGGUUUUUCGAGCAAAAUCUCAAUAAUUACAGUUGUUAGUUGACAAGCAAAA